ACGCCCGCCUUCAGUGAGCCGCAAGCCCUAUCCCUACGGUCUUUAUCUGCAAUUCUCUACGAACUGAUUCACUCGAUUUUUAAGGAUUUUUUGGUUUUCUUUUCAUUACUUCUUUCAGUUUGGGGGAACCUUCCUGCACGUUUGACUCGGCUCUGAGUGCGCAGACCAACGUGUUUCCUCUUUCUCCAGCCUAGGGCGGUGCCAGCCCAGGGAGCCUGCGCUUAGCGGCCCCAGGCCCGCCCCUGACACUGAACGCCGCUUGUCCCCUCCGGUUUGCCGUCCUCGCAGCCAUGGCGGCCGCCGCGCUCCCGGCAUGGCUGUCUCUACAGUCGAGGGCAAGGACUCUGCGUGCAUUCUCCACUGCCGUGUACUCGGCCACUCCGGUCCCGACACCUAGCCUGCCGGAAAGAACACCCGGAAAUGAAAGGCCACCAAGAAGAAAGGCACUACCUCCUAGGACAGAGAAAAUGGCUGUUGACCAGGACUGGCCUAGUGUUUACCCAGUUGCAGCACCAUUUAAACCCUCUGCAGUACCGCUUCCUGUUCGAAUGGGUUAUCCAGUAAAAAAGGGCGUGCCCAUGGCAAAGGAGGGAAAUCUAGAACUUUUAAAGAUUCCCAAUUUUCUGCAUUUGACUCCUGUAGCAAUUAAAAAGCACUGCGAAGCCCUUAAAGAUUUUUGCACUGAGUGGCCAGCCGCACUGGACAGUGACGAGAAAUGUGAGAAGCAUUUUCCAAUUGAAAUUGACAGCACUGAUUAUGUUUCAUCAGGACCAUCUGUUCGGAACCCCAGAGCACGAGUAGUAGUCUUAAGAGUAAAGCUUUCCAGUUUGAAUUUAGAUGAUCACGCAAAGAAGAAAUUAAUUAAACUUGUAGGAGAGCGAUACUGCAAGACCACAGAUGUGCUUACCAUCAAAACAGAUAGGUGCCCUUUAAGGAGGCAGAAUUAUGAUUAUGCAAUGUAUCUACUAACAGUGUUAUACCAUGAGUCUUGGAAUACUGAAGAAUGGGAAAAAAGUAAGACUGAAGCAGACAUGGAAGAGUAUAUAUGGGAAAAUAGCUCAUCAAAAAGAAAUAUCCUGGAAACGCUUCUCCAGAUUAAAGCUGCUGAGAAAAAUAUGGAAAUAAAUAAAGAAGAGCUCCUUGGUACUAAAGAAAUUGAAGAGUACAAAAAGUCUGUUGUUAGUCUUAAAAAUGAGGAGGAAAAUGAAAAUUCCAUUUCUCAGUACAAAGAAUCCGUGAAGAGACUAUUAAAUGUGACAUGAAUUAUGGAGUAGAAAAAUCUGCUUGAUUUAUUAAUUUUAUGAUAUAUGUGAUCAGUAUCUAAUUUGAUAUAAAAUUGAAAAUGUUAAAAAAUCAUUUUUUUUCCUCAGAGUUAAAAUUAUUUCCCUCAUACUAAUGCUUAAUGGCAAUGAUUACUCCAGAGUUUUUUUAUUUUUACACUGGGGCAAUAGACUAGGAGGUCUCUGAUUUCUUCUUGGUCUAAAGUGUUUUGAUUUUAUUUCUACAUAAUAGCUUUGGUAUUCAUGUAUAUACAUGCAUUUAAUUGUGAUUUUAUCACCUUCCCCAUUUCUUUCCCCACAAGCUGGCAUUUCAGUAGUUGCUUUUGAAUAAUGGUUUUGGUUACCUGGGAAGGCAGGCCCAGAACCCAUUUCCUUGACUUGCAGUUCUGGGCUCUGUUCACAUGACUGCUGUCUAGCUGAUGCAUUUUUCACAUUUGUCAACUCUGGUUAGAAACAGGUCCUCAGGAGUAUUCUCUACCUGAUAUUUUCUAAAAAGAUAUGUUGAUUCAACUUUGUUUAGCAUCCUACUUUCUAGAUUGUGGGGCUCAUUUUGCCAGGGCCAAGCUACCAGAAAAGUAGAAGUGGAGAUUACCUGGUAUGUAUCUCUCUGGGUGCCCCAGUUAGAGCUGCCACAGCUCAGGAAAAAGAUGAGGCAUAACGACCUUGAAUGUAAUUGGAGUAAGUGACAAAAUAAGAACUACCCUGGGAAACCCUGAAUUCAAUGUAGCUGUCAAUUCAGUAUUUUUAAGUACACCUGUCAGCUGUUUCUUACCACUUCGAUGGUUGUGAUUAAUUUAAAAUCAAAAUAAAGGAAUUACUGAGUUUA